GCGAUUUCUUUCUUUUGUGAAGAUAACUCCAAAACCCCAUCAUCAAAAUCUUUAUGUUUCCUCCCUUAUCUAUAACUCCAAAAUCUUCUUGAAAAACAAGCCAAUUUUUCAAGAACAAGGAUCUUUUAGAAUUUUGCGAUUAAGAUCAAAACACACCAUGUUUUCCGACCUCCGCCAUCAACCACCACCACCGCCUCACUUCGCCGUCACCCACCACCUCGUCUCUACCUCCGAGGAAGCUGACAGCAAGAAAGAAUCCAACACCACCAAUGAUGAUGCAUCCAUUGAGGUGGUCCGGCGCCCUAGAGGUCGUCCACCCGGGUCCAAAAACAAACCAAGACCACCUGUUUUCGUUACUCGAGAACCCGACACCGCUAUGUCGCCAUACGUAUUGGAGGUUUCCGAUGGAUCGGAUAUCGUUGCGGCCAUCACAGGAUUAUGCAAUCAUCGGACAACCGGUCUUUGCGUGUUAUCCGGUUCGGGAACCGUUUCCAACGUCUCAUUCCAACAACCCGCCUCCACCACCACCGCCAUAACCUUUCACGGCCGUUUCGAUUUGCUAUCGAUCUCCGCCACCAUACUUCCGUCACCUGUCACUACCAGCAGCUUCGGAGGGAGCGAAGGAAUAACAGACUUUCUGUCUCGGCUUCCCGCUACUAGAUUUGCCGUAUCAUUAGCCGGUCCACAAGGGCAGACGAUUGGUGGAAACGUCAGUGGACCGCUUAUAGCCGCCGGAACAGUUUACAUAAUAGCAGCGUCGUUCAACAGCCCACUCUACCACCGGUUGCCGAUGGAAGAAGACGAUCAUGUUCGAAGUUCUGGCGGUGGGUCUGCUUCUGCAGCAAGAGAGCAAUCUCCAGGUUCGGGUGGAGGAGAUAGUGGAAGGCAUCAUGCGGCGGAACGGUCAUCGGCGGCGGAUUCAUUAUCGAUGUAUGGCUGCCACCUGCCAUCUGACGGCAUUUGGACACCUACACCACGGCAAGCCUCGCGCCACUCCCCACUUUUUUAAAGAAUUUGCCUCGAUCUCUGGCCGGAGGUCGUUAGGGGGUCUUCGUGACCAUUAAUUCCUUCAUGUUUACUCUUUAGGUUCCCACCCCCCUAAAUGUAGAAAAUAUAUAUUUCUACUUUUGUUGAUAAUUUGAUUAAUAUUACUUUUUUUUUACUAA